AAUGUCCCGGAUAUUACUUAAGGGUGUCCUAACCCUCAAAAAGUAGAACACCUCUCUUUCUCUUUAUCCUUAGGUUUUGUUUGAUUUUCACGCAAAGGAAGCGAAACGAUGGAUAGAUAUUGGGAACAAGACCCGAUGAGGCCGAUGGUGUACCGUGACUUUCUGGGUGAGAUGGAGUAUCCAGGAUACUCGAUGCCUAUGCAGAUGGAGAUCGAUGAAGACGACUUCGGGCCCAUGGAUAUGCAGUUUGAAGUUGGAGGAAUUUCACCCUUUCAAAUGAAGCCCGAAGACAGCGAUUUCUUCAACAAGUUCGAGGAUGAUUUUGAUGAUUCCGAUAUCAAUUAGUUUCGAUCAUUCUCUUAGGGUUUAUUUCUUUUCGAUUUACAUAUCUUUUAUCUCUAGACAUUAUUGUUUAGGGGUUCAUUGUUACUCAAGCAAUUGAUAAACCCUUAUGUAUUGUAUUGAUUUCUACUAAAUUCACUGCUCUCGUAGUGAUUGUUCUUAUAUGUCUUGUGGUGUUUUCAUGAAGAUAUAGGGUUUGAUUUAUUA